AUGUCCCUUCCUCUCUGGGACGCUCUUUUGGCCGUGAUACACCACAAACCGGCUCUAUACAGGCUUCUUGCUGUUCUCCUUGCUCUCACUUUACUAUACGUGCUUAUUGUGUCUGUUUUGACCUUUGUGGUGUUCCCCAGAUACAAGGUUCCGGAAAACGCUCCAGUUUUGGAAAGACCCCUUCUCCUGCCUCACCAGAGCUUCCUUGUCGAUUCUGCAUCGUCCUCGGCGAAUAAUUCGCCUUCGAAAUCGUUUUACAGGCAUUUGAACAACUCCUCGCGUUACCUACGAAGAGACAGCUUUGGAGGAGAAAUAUAG